GAACAAAAUGGCGUCUUACUGUUUGACUGUCACUAGGCUGCGGUUGGCCCUUGGAACUGGUGCGAGACGGUUUCAUGUCUCCGCAGCCUUCAGCGCCAAGGCCAAGGUGGCCAUGAGCCGCUUUGAGCCCGACUCCUGCAUUAACUAUGAGAAGAUGCACGAGAACAUCAACACUGUGCGCAGGAGGCUCGGCAGGCCUCUCACUCUGUCGGAGAAGAUCGUGUAUGGUCACCUGGAUGAUCCCGUGGGGCAGGAGAUUGGCCGUGGACGCACAUACCUGCGCCUGCGUCCGGACCGCGUGGCCAUGCAGGAUGCGACCGCGCAGAUGGCCAUGCUUCAGUUCAUCAGCAGCGGUCUGCCCAGGGUGGCCGUGCCCUCCACCAUUCACUGUGAUCACCUGAUUGAAGCUCAGAUCGGAGGGACUGAAGACCUGCAGAGGGCUAAGGAGGUCAACGAGGAGGUGUACAACUUCCUUGCAACUUCUGCAGCCAAGUAUGGAGUCGGCUUCUGGAAACCAGGCUCAGGGAUCAUCCAUCAGAUCAUCCUGGAGAACUAUGCCUAUCCCGGAGUGUUGCUGAUUGGCACAGACUCCCACACUCCCAACGGCGGUGGCCUGGGGUCCAUCUGUAUUGGAGUGGGUGGAGCUGAUGCUGUGGAUGUCAUGGCUGGAAUCCCCUGGGAGCUCAAGUGCCCCAAUGUGAUUGGAGUGAAGCUCACGGGAUCCCUCUCUGGCUGGACCUCUCCGAAGGACGUCAUUCUGAAGGUGGCUGGAAUCCUGACUGUGAAGGGCGGCACUGGAGCCAUUGUGGAGUAUCAUGGUCCUGGAGUGGACUCUAUCUCCUGCACUGGAAUGGCGACCAUCUGUAACAUGGGUGCUGAGAUUGGAGCCACCACGUCUGUUUUUCCCUACAACCACCGCAUGAAGACAUAUAUGGAGAAAACCGGCCGUGGAGACAUCGCCUCUGUGUCUGAUCAGUUCCAGGAUGACCUGGUCCCAGAUAAGGGCUGUGAAUACGACCAGGUCAUUGAGAUUAACCUGAGUGAGUUGAAGCCCCAUAUCAACGGACCGUUCACCCCUGACCUGGCCCACCCUGUGUCUGAGAUCGGGGCCAUAGCUAAGAAGAGCGGCUGGCCCCUGGAGGUUAAAGUGGGUCUGAUCGGCAGCUGCACCAACUCAAGCUACGAGGACAUGGGCAGAGCUGCGUCUCUGGCCAAACAGGCUCUGGAUAAAGGUCUGAAGUGCAAGGCCCAGUUCACCGUCACACCCGGUUCUGAGCAGAUCCGCGCCACCAUUGAGAGAGAUGGAUACUCCAAGAUCCUAAAUGAUGUUGGCGGAAUCGUUCUGGCCAACGCUUGUGGACCCUGCAUUGGACAGUGGGACAGGAAGGACGUGAAAAAAGGAGAGAAGAAUACCAUCGUCACUUCCUACAACAGGAACUUCACAGGCAGGAAUGAUGCUAACCCGGCUACUCAUGCUUUUGUCACCUCUCCUGAGAUUGUCACCGCGAUGGCCCUCGCUGGAACCCUCGACUUCAACCCAGAGACCGACUACCUGACCAGCCCAACCGGAGAGAAAUUCAAGCUGGAACCUCCCACUGGUGACGAGCUCCCAUCCAGAGAUUUCGACCCGGGACAGGACACCUACCAGCACCCCCCAGCUGAGGGCGGCUCAGUCCAGGUGGACGUGAGCCCCUCCAGUAACCGUCUGCAGCUUCUGGAGCCCUUUGACAAGUGGCAUGGAAAAGACCUGGAGGAGCUGAUGGUCCUCAUCAAGGUGAAGGGAAAGUGCACCACUGACCACAUCAGUGCCGCCGGCCCCUGGCUGAAAUUCCGUGGUCAUCUGGACAACAUCUCUAACAAUAUGCUGAUUGGUGCCGUCAACAUUGAUAAGAAGAUCAAGAACCAGCUGACGGGAGAGUUCGGGGGGGUUCCAGAUGUGGCCCGGGACUACAAGGCCAGUGGAGUGAACUGGGUGGUGGUUGGAGACGAAAACUACGGUGAAGGGUCGAGCAGGGAACACGCCGCCCUGGAGCCGCGGCACCUGGGAGGACGCGCCAUCAUCGUCAAGAGCUUCGCCAGAAUCCACGAGACCAACCUGAAGAAGCAGGGCCUCCUUCCUCUGACUUUUAACGACCCCAACGACUACGACAAAAUUCUCCCCAACGACAAGAUUUCGAUCACUGGCCUGAAAUCCUUAUCCCCCGGCACGCCCCUGACAGCAGUGAUCAAGCACGCUGAUGGCAGCCAGGAGUCCAUCUCGCUGAACCACACCUUCAAUGAGACGCAGAUCGAGUGGUUCAAGGCCGGCUCUGCCCUCAACAGGAUGAAGGAGCUCCAGUAGUGGGUGGCGAGGACGAAGGCGGGGCCUGUAGUGGCCAAUGAGAGGCCUUGGUGUGGGUUAAGAAGGGGAGCAACAUAGAGCGGCCGAGAGAGGGGCUGCGCAAAGAGCGAGAGACGAGUCUAACAGUAGAUGUUAACCAGGCUGGAUUUGGGGCGGCUGCAGUCACACACACACACACAAACACACACACACACACAUUCACAAGGUCGCUGUACAGACGAAAAAGCGCACACACAAAGACAUACACACAAGCACGUACAUGCACAGACAGAUUACUGUGAAAGAGAGCGACAGGCAGACUGAAACAGAAGCUUAGCACUGAAUCAUUCCUACGAGCAGCAGGCGACCAUUCCAUACACAGAUCCACGGUGGUCCUUUCAUACUUUCAUGACACGUGGGUGUCACUAAUGUAUUUCUAUAAAGUUGUUCCAAGUCCACCUCUGCAGAAACCAGCUGGUGGGAAGCUUAAACAUAAAUAAUCAUCUAUAGCGUAUGGAUGAUAGAGCUAUGUGAGGAGCGUAUUGAGAUUUAUACAAACCUGAUUCACGCAGAAUUUCAUUUAAAGGUUUUUUGUAUCAGGGACAAACCAACUGCAAAAUCCACAUCAAGUCCAGACGCCAAUAAACCUUCAACAUGUUUCCCUCCCAACAGCUCAAUAAGCUGAGUUCCUCAACUCCUACGAAUGAACUUAAACAGGUGUUUCUCAGUCACUGUGGAUUCGAGCCACACUGUUAAACUCACUUUUAUUUACUGUAACAAACCCAACGACUGCUGCACCCCCCCCGCU